UGAACUGCUUCCAAUGCAACUACAUCCCUCCUGAAGGAGGACAUCAACAUUGGACAUAAUUUAGAUGGCCUGCUUCCACGCGUAGGGAUUCUAUUAUUCUAUGCGCCCGGUCGCCAAAUAAUGUAUGUUUACAUCCUGGCAUAGCGCCUUCAGGCGCCUUAUAACGCGAACAUCACCAUAUAAACGCAGAUUGUUGUUGCUGUUGUUUUGGAGCCAGAGCCAUUCCUUCGGUGCGUGUGAACAUUGUCGGAUUGCAAGUGCAACCGAUAUUUUCAUAAUCUUAUUUUGAACAGCAAAGACCAGUGUUAUGUGCAAUUACAGAGCAUUCCCUCUGUCCCUCGGAUUGAAACGAAAGGUGUAGAAGAAAUGAACUACAAUUCCCUGGAGGCAACAUUUGAUGCAUGUGCGCUGAGUGCCCCUUCGACCGUUUCCAAGGCGAUGGAUCUAAAUAUUUGAUACUCUAACCAUUCGAAUCCUGUGAACCAUUGUGGCGUAGAUUGUGACAUAUCGAUGGAACUCAUCCUUCGAGUCCUGUUCAUUGCAGAUACAGGUCUUAUGGACGAUUCGUGUUUCAUUCAGCAGCGUCUUAGAAUAAACCGAAGCUGCACAUGAUACCAAACCUUUCAGGAAAAUACAAAUUAUAGGAGGUUUUACAGCCACCUCCAGGUCCAAUGUGAACAUAUUUGAACUCACAAGGAUGCAAAUCCGUUAUAUUCUUCAUCAUGGCCAGUGAAGACAGUUCUUCAGAUCAUUCCCCAGGAAGACACAAGGGAGAAUCUCCUACAAGCAGUAGCACUUCCAGCAAUAAGGCAAAUAACAGCAUCAACAGCGACAACUGUCAAAGAAAUAGUGUGUGUACAGAGUACUCAGAGGAUUUUGAAGAUCACAGCACUAUCACAGAGUCAUUCAAAGCAACGUGUGUUAGAAGCAAGCAGCAAGAAAAAGAGAAAAAGAAUAUUCAUAGAAACAGCAAUCAAAGCAAUCUGAAUAGAGCACAAACAAAACCAACGUUUAGAAUGCUGCAACAUCUGAACCAUUCAACAUCUAAGAAUAAAUCACAGAACUGUUCUAAAUUGUACACUAGUGAUCCAGUGACCCGCCACAUAUUAUCAGCCAGACUGCACAAAACUAAAGAGUUGAAGAAUGAGGUAUGUGACCUUCAGAGGGAACUGGAAAAUGCCAGGCUGGAAAAUAGACUACUCAGACAGGUCCAGUUCAGACACAUGAGGGCACUGGUCAAGUUCGAGAAUGAACAGAAUAACUUACCCCAGCUCCUAAGCAGGCAUGAGAGUGAAGUACGGAUGUUGAAAGAAAUGCUGCGAAAGUCAAAGGACCAAGAUCGGAAUGUGUCAAAGCAACUGAAAGAGGCAGAGUCAGAGCUGUGGAAGACCAAGAAUGCUCUCCAGAAGCUAAAGGACAUCUGUGACAAGAAGAACUUGCAGGAACGGAAUGAGCUGACCUGGAAACUAACAAAUCUCACAAAAACACUUGAGCUUGAUCAAAAAAAGAUCCAGGACCUGGAGAAAAUUCUGGAAUUAAAAAGUAAAAGUUUCAAUCAUCAGCUGGCUGCAGAACACAGAAAGACACAGGAGGCCCUUGAUCUGGCAAAGAAGCUAGAACUGGAGCAACGCACCCUGAAUCAAAUGCUGACGGAAAAACAAAGGCAGCUAGGAGUGAGAAACAUCUAUGCUAAUCGAAUGCUGCUGGAUCAUUCAAAGAACAGUCGGUCAUCAACAAGACAUAAAGCUGAAAAUGUGGCCAAAGCAAUACAGACAGAAGAAUCUUUGUCUCCCAUCACUUCUUUUUCUCCUCAUAAUGUCCUCCCAAAUUUAGAGAAGAAGUCUGCACAUAGUGAGAAGGAAGCACCAAAUGAAGCUAAUGAAGAUUGCAAAACAUCAAAAAUACAACUCAGAAAGGAAGAGACUGAAUUGGAUUUUGAGAUGGAAAGACUAAGAAAAGAAUAUGAACAAGCAGAGAGGAGAUGGAAGGAGAUGGCGGAAAACGAUAUCUUAGAAAACCUUGAAAGAGAAAAGAGAGAAAAACAAGAGAAGGAAAGAGCUGCUCAAGUUUUGAGAGAGGCGUCAGAAAGGAAAGAGACGGAAGGAGAAGAGCAAGACACCAAUGAAAGAGAGCAGCUAGAAACAACAGAGGAAAACAAAGAUGCAAAUGAAUUACAACCAGACAAUAUCAAGGACAUGGGUGAAACAUUUACAAUGAAUGACAACCCCAAUAAACUUCCUUCUCGACUCAGAAGGCGCUACAGAUUCACAGAACAAAUUGAAAAUCUCCACCAAGGACUUCCUGUUUGCAAAAUAUCUUAUGCAACCCAUAUCAGCACCAAGAAAAGACAAGACAGGCAAGAAAGUAAGGAGUUUCCAGAUUUAAGCUCUUCAUUCAGUGGUUAUGAGCCAUCCUUUGCAAAGUUGUGCAAUCAAUCAAAUGAACUGAAGCACCAAGUUGGGGAUGGCUCAAAUGAAAAGUCUGAAAAUUGUCUUCGGUCAACAUCAAAAAAUGAAACGAAAAACAGCCUCAUUGAAAAAUUAUUUAGAUCAGGUGGUACAUUAGAAAAUAAACCCCCCAAAGACGAUGAAGCUAAAGCCACAGACAAGUUAAAACAGCUGCAGAGAAAUAAACAGACAAGUCGAAUUCAGGUUACUAACAAAAAUAGGUUAAAUGUUCUGGAUCCUGACUUGUUACCUGUGAGAGCUUUAGAAUCAUCCACAGAUGAAAGUGAAAAAUUGGUUUUACAAUCAUUACAAAAAUAAAAAUAAGAAUAUAGAUUUCUGUUAAGUUUUAUUAAAUUAAGGUUGUUGUUGUUGUUCUAGCACACUUCUCUUCAGAAAUUGAGAUAAAUGGAAAGAAUUGCCAUUCUGAAUAUUUUUCUGAUGAGAAUGCACAAGGGAAAGAUGUUGAUCCUGAUGUCUAAAGUAAUAAACAAUUGUUGGAAUAUUUUACAACUUGUUUGCACACAUUUAACAUUUUUCUAUACGAAUAGACAACUUAAAAAUCCAUUUGUAAUAGUGUUGCUGGUAUAAUGCAGGUAUGCUUUGAGAUGUGUACCUUGUGUAACUGGCAAGCCUAAGUUAUAUUAUUAGUUCUGCAUGUUUCAUUGCCCAUACUAAUCCAGUU